AUGACAGCAGCAUCAAGCACGCCCCCACGUGCAUUACGCGCUGCUCGACAUGGAGAGGAGUCGCAGCUACACGAGCAACAGCGCGAGGAGCUGGUGGGACGGGAGGGAAUAGCAGCACCUGGGGAAGUGGCGGAGGAACAGCGGACACCGGGGGACGAGGCGGCGGCGGCCGCGGCGGCAGUGGGAAACGCCGCAACGUUGACUGAGUUGGAGGUGACUGCAGUGGCUGAGGCGGCGGGGGCUGUGGGGCCAGAGGCGGCUGCUGCUGGUGCGACUGCGUUGCAACCAGAGGAGCUGGAACAGGUAGUGGAUCCAGAGCAGGCCGUGGAGUUGGCGCUGGCGGCGUCGCCGGAGCCUGUAACGGCGGCUGCGCUGGCUGCAGCGGUGACAGCGGUGGCCCGGGAACAGGACGGAGACCUGGCCGAGGAGGAUGCGCCGAUUGCCGCUGCGAGCGCCGAAAUGUCUGCUGCUGCCGAUGGCGCAAGCACGCAGGGGCACGGCCAAGAGGGGAGCGAUAGACGGGUUGCCACGAGUGCAAGAGCGUCAACCGCCAUCUGUGGGGACAAGCGGCAAGGGCAGGGAGGUAGAGAAUGGCAUUAG